AUGGCGGCCUCGCGGCCGACCAUCGCUCCCGACGAGGAUAUCGCGGCCCUCCUCGAGCGGGCGCAAGUUUCUGUGCCCAUCUCAGAUAAGGUGGUGCCGCAGCUGCUGGCCCAGGAUGUCGGCAGCGUCGCGGCGCUGCUCGAGCAGCGCGAUGGCCGGCGGCGAUGCGGCGCCUGUGAUGCGCAGGCCACAGAGGGUGGAAUCGGAGGUGGGACCGAGGUGUCCAGUUUGGACCCCUCGGUGCCCGCGCUGCCGACGAGCGGCGAUGGGACGAUCGACGCUGCGAGGGAGGAGGAGGAGUGGGCUGCGGCGGCGGUGGCCUACCGGCAGGUGUGCCCGGUGCGGCGAGAGGUGGCCGCGUUCGAGGAGUACAGGCGCCAGGCAGCUGCUGAGGGCCGUGCAGCAGCAGAGGCAGCGGCGGAGGCGGAGAUGGAGGAGGAGGAGCCCGAAACGGGCAGCGGGGAGGCUGCGGCAUUGGCCGCGCCCCUGCGCGGCCUGGCGUCUGCGCCAGGCUGCGCUGGCACAACGGACAGGGUCACUUCUUUUUUUGACACUCUCCGCCCCGCUUGCAACGCGACAACGGCUUCAUCAUCUUCAUCAGCGGCCUUCAUCCAUGCCUACCGGCCUCCUGACCCUUUGAGUGUCGGGCCCUGCGGCGUGAUAUGCGCCCGCGGAUACGCCACAAUCUGGCCCGCAAAUUACGACGAACGCUGCCUCCUCGAUGGGGCAGCGAUUCGGCUGCUGGCGUCGGCGAUGGCGACGGUGCGGGCGUAUGAGGACAUCGAGGCGCGUCGCGGCCGGGAUGGUGGCGAUGUCCGGGACGUGCGCAGCUGCCGGGACGUGCGCUCCUGGGCGGAAGUCUGCGCGGCGGCUCGCGAGAGGGAGUUCAAGAUCUUGGCUCGCGAUUCGGCGUCGGCUGCGGAGCCCGCCUUCCCCUCUUACGUCCAGCAUGUGCCACCACCGCCGAUCCGAGUAGCCGUCGUACUCGACCUCGUGCACGAUCCGUCCGUCCCCGUCCUCCUCCCGCGCCAUGACGGUCGCAGGUCCAGCACGUGGACGGCGCUCGCCGUCUCGACCGCGUCGUCCUCCGGCGGAAGCUCCGCGUCGCCCGCGGCCGCUUCCCGAGCGCGCUCGUCGCGCAUCCGCUCGUGGAAGCCGAAAAAGACGCUGCGGGCAGUCCGCCCGAGCCAGCCAGCUGCCGGCUCGCACGGCAGCCUCUUCCACUCGACCAGCCUCAACUUCCGUACAGUCAGCAUUUUGUCGCUGCGUGCUCGUGGCCAGCUGUGGCGGCGGUCGAAGUUCGCCCAGGUUCGGUGA